UUGUUGAUGUGGAUUUUUGUGAGAGUGUGCCGUUGUGUUGAGUCGUCUCCGGAGUGGUGGGCCAGACCGCCAAAGUUCGACGAGUUCGCACUUGCAAAGGCAUUCUCCACACCCACAAUCAGACAAUCCCUCAGUGGCACACACCUCGUCGUCCGUCCGUCCGCCCGUGCGUUCCGUCUGCCUUAGCCAUCCCCCUGUGGGCCACAUUCCACUUCCCCGUUCGCCCAAUUCGACCCACCAUGCACCAACCCCCCUCCGAAACCGAAACAUCCCCCCUCCUCCGCACCCCCUCCCACACUCCUCACCAUCGCCACCCCCCCACCCCCCUCCGCACCACCAAACGCCUCACCCGCAUCCACCCCCGCUCCAGCAGCCCCCGCACACUCGCCCUCAUCGCAUUGACCGUCUCGGCAUGGGUCCUCGCCGCACGGAUGGUGGUUGUUGUGCGUGACUUGUACGCGGUGUGGGCGCCGACGGGGGGUGAACCGACGACGGAGGUGGGAGAGGGGUAUCGGUAUUAUUGUAAUCUAUCGGAGUACCCUGUGCUCCCCUCACCAGCAUUACCAUCCAACAAGUCGACAUCACCCUCACACCGCCUCACAACCGCCGGGCUGACUCUCCUCUCCAUGCUGCGUACAACGACCUACACGCACACGUCGCGCAUCAACCCGCACCUCGGCGCAUUCCACACCGACUGCUCCUGUCUGCUCUCGUACCUCCUGCACAGCGGCGGUCUCGACUCGCAGUUCGAGGAUAUACCCAAGGAACGGGGGGAUGCGAGGGUGCGGCCGGUGAUGCCGCGGGCGAGGGAGUUUGCGGGGUUUCUGAGGGGGUUGCUGGCGGACUCUGGGGGGGAGGGAAAGGGAGGGAGGUGGAGGGCGGUGGAGGAUAUGUGGGAUGUGCGGGCGGGGGAUUUGGUGGCGUGGGAGAUUCCGGAUUGGCAGGGGAUGAAUAAAUCGACGGGGCAUGUUGUUGUUGUUGUUCCUGCUGAGAGUGCUUUGGAUGCGACGAGGGAGGACGGGCGGCUGGGGAUGCAGGAUAGGGAGUAUGAUGAUAGGGUGAUUCGACCCGUCUCGGCCACGUCGAUGUGGGUGUCGGUGAUGGACGCCUCGGGGGUCGCGCAUGAGGGGGAUUCGAGGUGUGCUUCCCCUUCGCAUAUUCUCACUCGGGAGACGCAGGAGGAGAUGGAGAUGGUUACCGUCCUGGGCGAUACAUCCCUGCCACCACCAAGUACAUCCACGACAUGCAUCAAAGGCGUUGGGAGGGGGUUCAUACGGUUAUACGGGGAAGUCGUGUCAGAUUCGGAAGGCAAGCAGCGACCGGUAGCGUUUCAGUUCCGGGAGGGUGCUACCGUGCGGUAUUAUCCCAUCUUUAUUGGGCGGGUUGUUUAGAGAUUCAUUAGGAAGGAGAGAUGGUGUUGGCUUUCAUUUCUGUUGGGUGAGCUUUCUUCUCUUCGAAUUCUUUUUUUGGUAUACCCAGGUGUAAUACAGCGCUCACGUCA